AAACAGCCCUAUCUUAUCAAACAAUUUGGCCAGGCUUUGUUUGGUCGCGGAAAUGCACUUUUCUAGCUAAUCACACACCGUCACCGAGAGCCGCAAAGUAACAUGCAGCGCACCAACGUUCAGGACGACCCCGGAGUUCCACUCCAAAGCUUUGAGUGGGAAAAUCGGAACCAGCAGUCCACCGUGCCACCGGCCGAACGCGAUGGCUACAAGGACUUUGAAAAGAUCGACGUGCACAAUUUUACCGGCCUCGCGACCAUCCUUGCGGUGAACGUUCAGCAGCUGUACCUUCUCAUCUCGGUCGGUCCCGAGCUGGGGGCGAUGUUCUACGUGCUGAUCAGCAUCACGUCCGUUUCCGCGAUUUUUGUGGUUUUUCUCCUGCCCAUUCGGUUGGUGCUGGAAGCAUGCAAGAAGAUUCGGGAUCGUCGCACGUGGAUUUGGUUGUACUACACGAGCUUGGUGCUGAACGUGCUGAUCUUUGUACUCAACCUGGUUCUGCAAAUCUUCGACCAAACGACGGAAAAGUGCCAGGUGCUGCUAAAUCAACCGCUGCCCGUGGCCGCCAGGGAUGAGCCAAAAUGAAACAAGCAGUUUUAUAUUAGUAUAUUUAUUAAACAAUUUAAAAAAAGAAAGUCUUUAGAUUUUGGUCUUUGUUAGAAAGGGUUGUCACACGAGUAAAGUGAGUUGUUUAAGAAAUACGAUUGAAAGAUUUUUCUUA